GCCUGACUUGCCUAUCACCCUGAUUUUUUGAUGAUUCCCAACCAACCCCCUGUUCUCAUGUCGACAGAUUCGAACCAAUUGCCAACCUCUCAACACGAACUAGCGAGUCGUCCAAGGGCGCAAUCAACAAGACACGCACACUUUUGACUUCACGUUCUUAAAAAUAAAAAGGCCAUCUGCUGACGCUUAACGCUGUCGCGGUUAUCCGUCCACCGAAACUCUAACAGCCUUCCCCCGUUACCGAUCACAACUUAAUCGCAACUCAAUAUUUAACUCAGCUAAGCACCUCCGGCCGCAAUGACCCUUAGGUCUGCCAUUAUUGUUUCUCCACAGCCAUCGAGCGCCGCCUCCAAGCCAAGCGCAACCUCAGACACGCGAUCGAAACCAUGGCUUGGUCCCGCGCCCAGGGUCGAAACGAAGGGGCUCUACGUCUUCCUGUGGGAUACGGGCGCCAAAGGUAAAUUCCACUGGGGUUUAUUUAUCGCUCGCAGCGAAAGCUCCGGCGUCCACUUCCAUCAGGUCCUCGAUGACUCUCGCUGGCUGCUGGUAAAGGCGAAAGAGGACGUUGUCACGUCUGAAGGCCUCCUCGCGGCCCUGAAAGUAGGCGAACUUGAAGACACCAACGAUGAGUGGAUCAAAGCCGUCGAGUAUUGCGUCCGCUCAGCCCGAGUCGAUGUCAAGUCCCUUGGGGACUUCGGCUGUCGCUCCUGGGUCCUGGGCGCCAUUUACGAACUGGCCAACGGCGGGUUUAUCUGGUUGGAUCCCGACUGGUACAAAAUCCGUCAUAUCGAAGUCGAGGCGACGAGGUUGGCGCUUGAUGCAGUCGCUGUGGAUAUGCAAAUUGUGUCUCAAAGCCAGAUGACCGGGCUUUAACCGGCCAUGAUCAGGCGUGGUGCACGCGAUCUUGCUCGCGUUUUCCGCUUCUCUUUUCCUUCCGACUUCCAACAUAUGUAUGGGUGGGUUGCUCAUCGAUUCUUAAAACGGCCGCUCCCAUGAGAUACAAGCCGUCUCGUGUCCUCAAAAACCAACUAUUAAAACAACGAAUGCGAGAACGAACGUUACUCUUUGGCCCCAUACCAAGUCGCCAAAAUAUCCAGCAGCAUGGGUCUCGAGGGUAUAGGCCCUAGAUGACCUGCCUGCAUCGGUUUCGGGGCUCUACUCGUUCGCUCGUUCGCUUCAUGGGAUGGCUGCUUGCGACGUCCUCCAGAGCCUCCCGAACAGCAGCGCGCGGAUAUCUACCCUCAAAAAUCGCCGAGAUACCAAGGAGAUGCCCUCAUUGAUAAAGUUUUCUUUUAGUUCAUAUCUAUAGACUUUCUCCCCACUAUAUCAUUCUUGAACAAUGACACAUGAGUCUGCUCAGUCGGGGCCAUAUUGCACUUUGGGAUCAUCGCUAAAUCCCAGAAAAAUUAAUAAUAAUAAUGGUAAUAAUAAGCAAUAUUCCCUAGUGGUAGAGCCGCGCGAAGGAAGUGAGAGCGGACUAAUAUAGGGAGAGGACCGAGCUCGCAAUACAAAGUUAAGAAGAAAAACAUCGAACGCGUAUUAUACGGAAAUAUAAGCCUUGGUAUCAUCGGAGAGACAGACGCUGUUGGGAUUUCAUGGGGAAUCAUGUUGAAUUUUUCUUUGGAUUUUCCUUUUUUUUGUUUUUCCCCCCCUUUGUCUAGCUAUAGCUAUGGGUUUUAAUCCUUUCUUCUCCUCUUCUUUCCCCCCCUCUUUAGACGUUUUUCUGAGACUUUGGCUUUAGCAGAAUAUCAGGGAGGUUUUUCUC